AAGCCUCACAUUAUUUCAUCAAAAAUUUCACUAUUAUUUCCAUUUCUUAUCUGAAAUGUACAAGAACAACCAUAAAGAGUGGCCUUUUUAGCCUUCAAAACUCUGUUCCUCUUUCACUCAUGGCUUUCUCAACAACUCUCUCAAACCCCCAAGCUUUCUCUUGCUUCUCUUCUUUCCCUAAGACCACAAGAAGUAUCCCUUUUCGACGUCGGCUAUGUGUUAGAGCUGAAGCUGAUGGUGGACAGAAGCUCACUGAGACCAAAACUAAAGAAAGCUCUAAUGAUCAGCCUCCCCCUAAAAGGCCCCAAAAGCCUGUAUAUUCAAUGAAGAAAGGUCAGAUUGUAAGGGUGGACAAGGAGAAGUACCUUAAUAGUAUCAAUUAUCUAUCAGUUGGACAUCCACCAUACUAUAAAGGGCUGGACUACAUUUAUGAAGACCGUGGAGAGGUCCUGGAUAUACGCAUUUUUGAGACAGGAGAGUAUGCACUUGUUUCCUGGGUUGGAGUUCCCACAUCACCUGCUUGGCUUCCAACAGAUAUGCUUAUUAAGUCUGAUAAACUCAACUAUGAAAGGAUGUGAUUCAGAUGCUCAAGAACUAGGCAUACCAGUCACUUUUAAGGCAUAAUUUUCAUUUAUCAAUCAAUGUAGGUUACGGCUAUAAUAUUCUGGUAUGCAGACUGUAAGAGUGCAUUCUAUUAGUCUACCCCGCCUUGUGCUCAUUCUCAUGAAGCCGGUGCCUGAAGCAGUUGCAGAACAAUGGAAUCUUCAGAUUUUACUCCCAUCAACUUAAAUUUGGAAUGUAAUUAAUUUCAUGAUACAGAAAGAGACAACUCUCAUUUGAUCAAUAUAUUAAAAAAAUCUUAUAACAUCCCGUACAUAAUGUAUUUCAGAAAUAAGACAAUCGCUCUCUGUAACUUUCUAGUCUCAUAAAAUUUUGAAUUAUUUUGUACAAAACCCCUAUUUAGCAAUGUAUUUGAGAUUACUUCCCCC